CACAAACACAAACCCCACCUCUGGCGUUGUAGCUCUGGAAUCGGAGAGCCAUGGCUUCGGUACCGGCCCACUCUCUGCGGGUCUCGGACAUCAAAGACCCGAAUGUGCUGUUCGAGCGGUACAGCACGGAGGAGAUCCGCGCAGUGGAGCGGAAGAUCCGCGGAGAGAUCGAGCAGAAGAAAGAGGAGCUCCGGCAGAUGGUGGGCGAGCGGUACAGAGACCUGAUCGACGCCGCGGACACUAUCGGGGAGAUGCGGCAGUGCUCGGAGAGUGUGGUCCGGUCGAUCCAGGACAUGGACCGGUACUGCCAGCAGCUCAAACAGGCCAGAAACCCCCCACAGAGUCUCAGCAAACUGGAGGAUCAGAAACAGUCCAAAGAGAAAUUCUACACUAUAGCCUCGCAGAUAAAGCUCCUCCUGGAGAUACCUGAGCGGAUAUGGAGCGCUAUGGAGUGUUCUCAGUACCUGCAGGCCACUCAGCUCUACCUGCUGUGCUGUCACCUCCACCGUCAGCUGCACCUGGACGGAGGGAGCCCCCACUACAGCCCCGUCCUCUCACGCUUCCCCAUACUGGUGCGGCAGGUGGCAGCGGCCGGACAUUUCAGGUCCACGAUCCUGCUGGACAGUAAGUCGGUGCUGCGAGGCCGGGCAGUGUCUGACCAGGCUAUAGCCGAAGCUCUGGUGUCCACCAUGCUCCUAGAGGGCAGCUCGCCUCGACAGGCCCUCGCAGACUUCCUGCUGGCCAGGAAAGCCUCCAUUCAGCAACUGCUGAACCAGCCGCAGCACGGAGCUGGGAUUAAAGCGCAGGUCUGCUCUUUGGUGGAGCUGCUGGUGACCACGCUGUAUCAGGCGUAUGCCGUGUUCUACCUGCCGCCGGAGGGAGGUCGGGGGGCGGAGCCUGGGCUGAGCUGCGGUUUGCUCUUCACCACGCUGGAAAACGUCACCUCCACAACGUCCACCGCUAAAGGCCGCAAGGUGCUGCAUGGCGAGGGCAGCGCGGGGAGCUGGUUUAAAUAUCUGCCUCCGUCCGUCACCGACUUUCAGCCUGUCCUCCGCACGCUGGCCCAGCCCAUACAGAGUGACCAACUCAGAGACACGCUGCAGCAGUGGAUCGACACGUGUAAGGAGGAUAUCCGCGGCGGUGUGAGCAGUCUGCUGGUGUAUGUGAAGAGUCUGAAGGCCCUGGCGGCGAUCAGGGACGCUGUGUGGGAGCUGCUGAGCAGUGAAUCCAUCAGCCUGCACUGGAGCGCGGUGUGUCUGCGGCUGCUGGAGAAACCGCUCUGUCUGUGGGACGACCUGCUGCAGCAGCUCUUCCUGCAGCGCCUGCAGGCGAUCACCCAGGAGGGCAUGGAGGGGAUCUCCAGCAGCUCCAGGCAGCUCCUGUCCUCCGCCCUGCGGGACCUGGAGGCUCAGUCUCAGUCCGGAGUGUUCGGCCGGGGCGCCCAGUUCGAGAGCGAUGUGGCUGCGUUUCUGUGGACGGAGUCUCAGGGAGACCUGCCGAGCGACGCGGCGUGGGUCAGCGUGUCCCAGCGUGGCCCGCAGCUGUAUCCUCAGGCAAAGAGCGGUCUGUCCAUGAAGACCCAGGCCCUCACACCCUGCGUCCAGAGUUUCUGCUCUGCCCUUGAUUCUAAGCUGAAGGUCAAGCUGGAGGACCUGCAGCACUAUUUACCUCCAGAACCGGCUGCGAAGGAUCAGUCUGAGAGCGCGCUGGCGCCGGCCACGCCCUCCUUCAACCGCUUUACAGACUCCGGCGCUGUGGAGGAGGCUCUGAGGGCGCACUGCCUUGCCUGCGUGAGGGACAUCCUGUCCAGCGUUCGCUCCGAGCUGACCGGGCUGCAGGCCGACCCCGCCGGUUCGGGCCGAAUGAGCUCAGCGCUGUUCAUGGCGCGGCUGUGUCAGUCUCUGGGGGAGUUGUGUCCCAGCCUGAGGCAGUGCGUGCUGGGCCAGCAGGGCGGCGCUGUGGAUGCUGCGGGCAGAGGAACCCCCCGGCAGGGCAAAAAGCUGGGCAAAGGAGGUGCGGUCAAAGGGACGGAGCUUAGUCCAACUCAGGCGAAAUGGGCCGGACUCAAGGAGGAGCUGCUGGCCUGCAGUAUGGAGGCGUACCGCAUCUGGAGCAGCGCUGUGUCCAAGGCACUGUUGGGCAGUUUUGCGGGUUCUCUCCACGCUGGCUCGGCCGGCUCUGUCCUGGCCACUGCCACGCACUGGGAGGAGCUGGAGAUCCAAGAGGAGGCGGAGACAGGAAACACCAUCAUGUCCAAAAUCCACCUGCCUGUACAGCCGUCGUGGUACGUUCAGUCUCUGCUGUUCCGGCUGUGUCUGGAGGCGAACAGGGUCGGAGGUCACGCUCUGCCGAAGGUCACUCUGCUGGAGCUGCUGAGGGGCUGCAUGGAUCAGGUGCUGACCGAGUACGAGAAGCUCACUCAGCGCUCAGAGAGCAAGGACGCAGCGCCCCCUAUCACUCAGAACAGAGCACUGCAGCUGCUGUUUGACCUGCGCUUCCUCUCAGCCACUCUGGGCUCUCGGCUGGAGGAGGGGAAAAGCUCCCGAUCGCAGCAGGACCCCAGGAUCCAGCAGAUUUGUGACUCACUGGAGGGUCACAUUGACCCUUUUGACCUGGACGUGUUCACCCCGCAUCUCAACAGCAACCUGAACCGCCUCACCCAGAGAACCUCAGUGCUUUUAGGCCUUUUAACCGGCACAGAGAAGCAGUUUGCUCCCAGAAGCAGCAGCGUCGGCUCUCAGGAACCGUACAACAUCCUUCCUCUGGCCAGCAGCCAGAUCCGGUUUGGUCUGCUGCCGCUGAGUAUGACCAACUCCAGGAAAGCCAAAUCAACAUCUCGAGCGACAGACAUCACUAAACCACUCGCAGCUCCCUCGUCCACUCCAGCCCCAGAAGACACCUUCUGCCCGGGAAACCUUUUCAGGCAGUUAGCCAAUCAGGAUGAAGAACCCGCUGGCCCCUCCCUCUUUAAAUUGGGCUGGCUCUCCGGCAUGGCCAAAUAGUACUAAUUCCUUCCUUUUGUUUUGCUUUAUUUUGUUUUCGGGUUGUUUUUGGGGUGAAGUUCAAGGUUUUUUAACACAUAAAAGGCUGUAGAAAUAAUAUAUUAUGUAUAAAUAUGUUUUGGGAUGAUUGUUUUCUUAUACUGGAAAAAAAUAAAGUAUUAAAAUAUAACAUUUGGGCUCCGUGUGAAUCGGUUAGCUGCAAAAUGACCUCAAUCUCUGCACUUCCUCGUGUCAUUAUGUAGUACAAUGAUAUUUGAUAUUCACUAAUUGGGCCGUUUUGCAACUGGAUCUCUCAAAAAUGUGUUAAAGGGCUAAUAUCACACUC